AUGUUUAUAUUUCUGAUCCUUUGUUCACUGUUACGUUUGUAUUCAGGGGCGGAUCUUUCUCCUAUCAUCAUAAUACCAGGAGACGGGGGUAAUCAGCUGGAAGCCCGCCUAGAUAAACCCAAGGAUACUUCAGGAUGCCCACAUCAAGAUGAUUGGCACAGGAUGUGGUUGGAUGUUUGGAGCCUCCAGGGCAGCAGGCUCAAGUAUUCAAAUAAUCAUUCAAUCUUUUAUCCAUUCAUCCUUUCGUUCAUCUUUACACCCAUCUAUACGCGAGUUUCAGGGUGAGGGGACUAAGAACAGCCCAAGGGAUCUAGGGGACCUAGAACUUUUGUAAACAUUUUACGGUCAGUUUUAUGAGGGGGUGUCUAUCACAAACACAUUCUGUAUACUUCAUUUUAAAAUCGUAGCACGUUUUUUUCAUAGCAUUAGAUGAGUGAGAAAUAGUUUGUUAAAAUUAAAAGUUCUUUUUAUUUGAAUUUAAACACAAUUAAGAUAUCACCUAUUCCCAAAAUACUAAAUAAAUAUUCACGCAACCUCGAGCCUACAAUUUUAUGAUUCAAGUUAGAAAUAAAAUAUGGUCAUAAUUUUGGUUACAGUAUAUAUUUACGUUUUUAUUUUUGAACUUCAAUUUUUUGUGACAUCAAACUGAAAAUAUGAAUUUUGUUAUAAUUUUUCUUUUGUCCCUAGGUCUGUAU